AUGUCGUCUUCCUCCUCCUGCCUCGCCAUCCUGUCGCUGCUGGCGCUAGCCUCCCACCUGCCGGACGCCGCCUCCGCGCCUCGCGGCAUCGGGCCGCUCAGCCCCGCCGCGGCCGCGAAGCUCGUGUCCGCCGUCAAUGACGCGCGGCGGCAGGCCGGGGCGCCGCCGGUGGCGUGGAGCGCGACGGUGGCCCAGCGCGCCAAGCUGAGGGCCGAAUGGCUGAGCGACCCGACCAAAGGCCGGUGCGACGUGGCGAACGCCGGCCUCGAUCCGGGGCUGACCCGAGUCCUGCUCAAGCCGAUCGUGGCCCUGACGUACUUCGUCACCGGCGGCGGCCCCGGGCGGCGGCGCGCGGCUGACGCGGUGGGGGCCUGGGCGGAGGGGCGGCGGUGGUACGACGCCGGCGCCAACCAGUGCGUGGCCGGCGGCGGCGAGGAGUGCGCGAGCUACAAGGACAUGGUGCAGCCGGCGUGGAAGACCGUCGGCUGCGCCGUCGCCCCGUGCGCGUCCGGCCAGACGCUCACGAUCUGCGCCUUCUCCCCUGCGUAA